ACAGCAGCAAAAAUCAUUAAUAAUUAACUGUGAUAAUCUAGUGAAUAAGAAUUCAUCGUUUAUUGAUGAAUCAUACCAUUAUCAUAAACAAUCGUCAGAGAAUUUUGCACCAAUGACACCAAAUGCAAUCAAUUAUAAUAAUGAUGUUGACAUUUCAUCAUCAGUUGAUGGCAUUGGAAUAUAUCGACAUUUACCAUUGAUAAAUAAUGAUGAUGAUGAUGAUUCAAAACGUAAUGGUAGCCCAAUAGAACAAUUUCAUUUGAAUAAUAAUGAUAGUGGAUAUCAAGAUUUUUCGAUGAUUGACAAUAAUAAUGAAUUCCAUGAUGAAUCGAAUACAAUGAUAACCAGAAAACAACAACAAUCAAUGAAAUCGGAGGAAUUAGUAGAUGAAUGCCGGAAAAUUUCCUUAGAAAUUGAAAAUGAGAUUGAUGAAUUUAUUUGUCAACAACAACAACAUUCCAAGCCAUCAUCAUCAUCAUCAUCAGUGACAAUAAUGGCAAUAAAUUAUUUUCAAAAUAUGUAUCCAAAAUGUGAUGAUUUUGAAUAUAUUCGACCCACAGAUAUUUCCUCGCAGAUUGUAUCAACAUUUUUAUUAAUGUAUCGUAGCCAUUGUGAAAGAUUAUUUGAUCUAUUUCAAUUAGCAAAUGUGGAUGAAAUGCGUAGAUCGAUACAAAAUUUUUGGCAUCAAAUGCCAACACAUUUAGCAUCAUUUGUGUCAUCAUCACCAUUUUCAUAUCAAGUAAUUAAAUUUAUCGAUACAUUAUUAUAUAGGACAAUGGAAGAUUUUUUUUCACAAUUAAGUUUAUUACCAGAAAUGUCCGAUAUAUUCAUCCAAGAUAUUCGUCAUAUAAUUGAAAAUCUAGAACAAUGGUUAUAUGCAUCAAUAAUGGAUCCAUCUGGUCAAAUGUUUUUGAUUAUUUUUCAACAUCGUCAUGAUAUAGAGAUGGCAGCAGCAGCAACAACAACAACAACAACAACCAUUUCACAAUGUCGAAUAAAUGAAAUUCAAAAUGAAGUUCAAGAACAUUUGGUUCGUUUUUUAAAUCAUAAAUCACGAGUAUUCAAAGAUUUCAGUACCGGUAUGCUAAAACAAUUGGAAUUUAUUAAAAUGAUCAAAGAAUGUCGACAAACCAUCAAUCAAUUGCGAAGACAAAAAUGUUCCAAAGAUUAUGCAGAAAUGAUUUCCGAAAUACAAUCAAUAUCGAUUGGUGUUGGAACAAUAAAUUGUUCACAACAACAAGUAUUACCAAUGUAUGAUAUAUUGGCCACUGAUCCAUUGGAUUUAAUACAAAUGGAUGAAAUCCUAAAACAAGAUCCCACUGUUGUUGAUUCGAAUGAUGAAAUGAAUAUGAAAAUAGCACCAAUUAAUAAUAAUUUCAGCAACAACAACAACAACAACAACAAGCGAAAAAAAUUAUGGAUCGAUUCAUUUUUUUGUCAAUGUAUUACAGCCGAAUCUGCCAAUCAUUCGAUUGAAAUGAUACAAAAACAAUUCCAUUUAUUAAUACGUUACAUUCAGAAUGUAACGGAUUUUUCAUUGAUAAAAAUAUUGAAUUGGACAAAAGCAAUUGUUGAUCAAAAUAUUUGGAAGUGCCAUUGGAAAUGUAUGCGACGACGAUCAAAAUUAUUAUUAUAUGGUAUCAAUUUUUAUAUCAAUAAUUUAAUGCGUGAUCUAACUAUCAACGAAUCAAAAACAUUAUCUAUUUGGGACAUGAUAUUUGUUUGUAUCAAAGAAUGUCUAUUAUUGAAUUUAGCAAGAAUUGAUCGUUAUGAAAUGAAAUUAUCAUUAAUGUUGGCUAAUAAUAUAAACACAUCAUCUUCGAUUAUUUGUGCCAAUGGCUAUAAUAAUAAUAAUAAUAAUAAUUCUAAUUCUUGCCGAAAUAUCGAUUUCCAAUUGCAACAGCAACAACAACAACAAGAUUAUGGUCAAUUUCAUUUGAAAAAUGAACAAAACAAUACUAUUAAAGCUAAUGAUGAUGAUAAUAAUUCGAUUAAAUUGGAACCAGUCACAACGCCUCCUAUUACGAUUACGAAUAAUUCGAUUCCACCCAAUGAUUCUGUAAAAUUUUGCGUUACGAAUUACAAUCAAUCAUUAUUGUCCGAUGAUUGGUCAGCUACAGCCGCAGUUAUAAAUGAUGAUCAAUAUCCAACAAAUGGAAAACAAGCUGAUAUUGAACUAGAGAAUUCUUCAUCGUCAUCAUCGUCUAACGAAUCAUCAUCAUCAAUUUCUAUCAAUAAUAAACAACAACAACAUCAGAUUGAUUAUAUGUCUACAGCCAAUGGUAAUAUUUAUGCUUGUCUCAGUUAAUGGUUUUGUUUUUUUUUUUUAUAAAAAUUCUUUUUCAAUAAAAUAAAAAUAAAAAAAAACAA